UAGAAAAUCACUCCCUGUUAAGGCAGUUUAUGUUUUUUUUAUUUCCCCCCCAGUUAGCAUAGUCAGGGGAUUUUAUUUAUUUUUUUCCUCUCACCAGUAAAAAUAGUCAGGGUAUUUCACCUUUUCUCCCUGUUUGGAUAGUCUGGGUAUUUUAUUUUUAACUUUUUAUUUUUCAUCCCAGCUAGGAUAGUUUGGGUGUUUUUAAACUUUGUACUCCCAGAUAGGGUUAUCAGGGUAGCUGUCUGGUGUACACACAAGCUCCAUGGAUUCAGAAGGUCUCCUCCAGUGUCCUUAUGACAAAAGCCACAUGAUUCGUCCCAGCAGGUUUCCUUAUCACCUUGUAAAAUGCCGAGAGAAUCAUCCUUUGGCUGGGAAAGUGCUUGCAACCUGCCCAUAUAAUGCCCGCCACAAAGUACCAAAAAAAGAACUUGAGAUGCAUAUGGAAAGCUGUGAAAACAAAGUCUCUCUGGAUGAAAUUGCUGUGGUGAUGCAGGCUUCACAAUCCUCCUGGCAGAGUCCUCCUUGUGAAGAGAACUGGGAUCUGGAUGAGACUCCAAAGCCUACCACCUUUGUCUUAAACGGCUUUAACAACGUUCAGCCUUAUGAUGCGUCUGAAAAAACAAAGAAUGAACCCAUUGGGAGGAUCCCAGGCCUUCCAUAUGAAGAAUUCUACCCUGUUAGAGGAAGGAGACGCAGAGGAAAUGCAGCUGGCAAGUCUCAGUGCAACUUUAAAUGAUGGUUUUAAACAUCACCUGGAGCUUGGUUUGGAAACUAAUGUUAUUAACUAAAAA